UGUAGUAUGUAUUAGUAGUAGUGCCCCACCACUCUUAUGUCAAUCUAUGAGUCAUCAGUUUUUUUCUUCUUGUUCUUUAAGAUUAUAAUUUACAUCUAUUCUUUUUCAAGUUUCAUCUCUUCCCACAACUUGUCCUAAAUCCACCAAAUUUCCAAGGUAAAUGGAUUGUUGUUCUAAGAGGUAAAAAAUGAAGUGUUUAUGUGAGAAAGACUCUGCUCUAUGUUCUGUUCAUUCAACUUCACACCGUGUUUUCGGAUGCCCGUCAUGGGGAACUUCUUCUGAACCUGAAGUCCAACAAGCAUCCAUGUCCAAAAGUUUGAGCUUCCAAGUGGAUGCUCUGCCACAAAAAUGCCACGACAAGAGUAAGGCACUGAGUUUUCAAUUACACGAACAUGAUUCAUCUUCAACUCAAUCGACUGAUUCAUCACAAUCAGGUCAAAUUCCUUUCCAGCCUAGUUCUUCUACUGGUUCAACAUUUAAGGGAACCAAGGGGAACGAUAUGGGAUGUCUCAUCGGGUCAUCAUCUAUUGGGAGUCCAAAUCUCACCAUCCAUCCUCCAUUAGUGGAUCCCAGCCAAUCACUUGCGCAUAUUGCAUUCCACUUUGCUGAUCCAUGCUACAGUGGCCUACUUUCUGCUUCAUAUGGCCAUCAAUAUAAGCUAAUGGAAACAGCUUCUGUCCGAGUUCCCCUGCCGUCUGAUAUGAUGGAAGAACCCAUAUAUGUGAAUUCGAAGCAGUACCAUGCUAUACUGAGGCGAAGACAGUGUCGUGCAAAACUUGAAGCACACAACAAACUCAUCAAGGAUCGUAAACCAUAUCUUCACGAGUCCCGUCAUGUACAUGCAUUGAAGAGAGCUAGAGGUGCUGGUGGCCGCUUCCUCAAUGCUAAAAAACUCGAAGAAUCGAAGCUCGCAUCACAAAACCAUAGCCAAAAUGUUUCCACCAGCUAUACUUGUUUGAAUUUGAAUGCAAAUAUGCCAGAGUCUAAAAUGCACGAUCAGGUUGAAAACUAUAGAGAUGAUGCUAAUGCAUCUGAUGUCACAUAUGGAUCUAAAAGGAAUGAAGAGUUCCGGCAGCAACAGGAGUUGGAGUUCAGGUUAUGCAGUUACCCUUCUUCUCAGACUGGAAGAAACAUGCAGGAUUAUACAACUGACAAGUGUGUUGGUGCGAAUCAACGCCACCGACUAUCGGUUCUCAUGUGAGAGACUUAUAGAACACAUUGUUGUGGUUAUUCUUCAUCUUCUUUGUUGCAUCAGAUGAUAGAACACAUUGUUGUGGUUAUUCUUCAUCUUCGUUGUUGCAUCAGAUGAAGGCCGUAGCUUGUGCUUUGCCUCUCCAGCAUUGGGAAGUCAUCCUUGGCUCAUAUUUAUUUCUGUCUUACUGUUUGAUUGUCUUAAUUUUCCAUCACAUUUUACUACUUAUUGUUAUUGUGUAGCCUAUUAUCUUUUAGGCAAAAAAGGCAAGCACUGACUUGUCAAAAACAAUGGUAAUGCUUUUCUAUGUUGAUGUAUGCAGAUGACUUUGAUGUUGUAAUCUUUAAACUUUCUAGUAACUCAACCUUAAUCUCUGCAAAGAUUUGAGAUAA